AUGAAGAAGAUGGAGAUGGACGAUAGACCACCGCCAGGCUUGGCUUGGGGCACUUCCUCUCGAGGGCCAACGGGAGAGGAUCGAUCCCUUGUCCUCGUGCUCUCGGAUUUCCAUACGCGGGAAGAAGUCGAUCUUUUCGAACCUUUUGCCGCGUUGGUUCGCCACCCGGAAAAAGACCCUGGACUUUCCUCGGUACCUCCUGUCCUCUAA